GCCUUUUAGGCCGCCGUCGUUCUCUCUAGCUUCAUGCUAGUGCUGUUGUGAGGCUGCCAGAGUGGCUUUGCGGAAGUCAUUCUAGAAGAUGGCGUUGGCUGAGGCGAGUGCUCGGUUGCCGGAGGGUGCGACUGGGGAGCGAGUGGAUCCGCUUUCUCGCUUCACUUGCCCUGUGUGCCUGGAGGUGUUUGAGAGCCCAGUGCGAGCGCCUUGCGGUCAUAUCUUUUGUACACCAUGCAUUCAGGAAUGUCUUAAGCCCAAAAAGCCUGUUUGUGGAGUUUGCCGCAGUACCCUGUCUCAUGGCAGCAGAGCUCUGGAUUUGGAAAAGCAAAUUGAAAUGACAGAGGCCACUUGCAAUGGCUGCAAUCAAAAAAUGUAUCUCUCAAAGCUGCGAAGUCAUGCAGCUGCUUGUUCGAAGUACCAGAAUUACAUAAUGGAAGGUGUUAAAGCUGUAACUAAAGAACCACCACAGAAUACCAGGAGUGUCCCCAAUAGAUUUACAUUUCCUUGCCCUUAUUGCAGUGAAAAAAACCUGGACCAGGAAGGACUGGUAGAACACUGCAAAAACUAUCACAGCAACGAUGCAAAGCGAGUGGUUUGCCCAAUCUGUGCAUCAAUGCCAUGGGGAGAUCCACACUACAGAAGUGCUAACUUCAUGGAACAUCUUCAGCGACGCCAUCAGUUUUCAUAUGAUACUUUUGUGGAUUAUGAUGCUGAUGAAGAUGAUAUGAUGGCCCAAGUCCUUUUGCGUUCCUUGAGGGAUCAAUGAACAAAGCAAGAAGUAUUCUUAAUACUUGGCUUCCAUUAGUGAGAAAAGACCACAGACAUGACUUCCUCCAAGAUAUGUUGGCACAUACAAAUUUAAACUGAAGGCUUCCCCAUGGUUCUUGUUCCUGUCUUCAUACUUCUAAUUUUGCUUUUUCUAAUGGACUUUCUGUUGAAGCUCACCUUCUCCAAGCUGUGUUUUUCUUACUCAUCUCUGGAUAUUUUUUUCUUCUUAUAUCUGUUUCAACUCUGAAUGCUUACAGUCAGGAGCCUAGAAAUAAUUCUAGUCUAUAAGCACCUUUAUUUAAAUUAAUGUUAUUAUAUUGUUUAACAUGGAUCAUCAGUUAGAAGCCCAGGUUCCCUAAAUACUUGGAAACUCUGGUUAUUAGUUUCAGAUAUCAGUCCAGAUACAGGAUUUCAUUUCUAAUAAAGUAGGAAUUUGAUAUCAAAUCCAGCUUUGCAAAAGUAGGUAUUGGCCUUCAAUAAUAUAUAACGCCCUGGUUGGAAAUUCUAAUACUGUAAGCCAUUGUUUUUUUCCUGACUGUACAAUAGGUAAGGGUGAUGUUUAUCUUAAUACAUAUUUUGACUGUGAACAUUUAUGCUGAGUUGAGAUAGGAACUAUGAAGAGAUCAUUGGCUCCUGAAAGAUGAAUAAUUCAAGGUUAAUAUUUCAUUUCUGGCUUCCUAAGGCUAAAUACAUCUUUAUAUAUUUCUACCUCUAUGCCUAGAAUUCAGAACAAUCUGAUAGCAACAAUAGUGCAAACUUUAACAUCUGGUUCUUUAGGUAUAACAAAUGUUAAAACCUCUUAUGCUUUGUGUAAACUGUGCUUCUGUCUAAUGCAGAAAUGCCAUACGUUCAUAAGUGAGAUUUCCAUGCAGACAAUAGAAUAUUUCAUAUACUUAACAAAUCAUGCCAUACAAAUUGCCACAUUCUGAAUUCAGAGGCUGCUGUGAAUCCUUGAACCUGCAGGUUAAUUCUAAAGAUAAUUGAUUUUAUUUUGCCCAUGUAUUGAGGCCAAAUAUGACAAACAGGGAUGAUACCAACUAGCCUUGAUAUCUGUGUUUUCAGUAGGAAAUGGAAAUAUUUGUAAAGCUGUAUGAAUACAGACUGUAUGUACCUGGGAGCCUUGAUCUUGAGUCAGAAUGUGUGCACAUAUUGCUUCACUGUCUACCGAAGAGAACUUGCAGGUGCAUUUCUACUCCAUCACAUUUACUCAAGAGUACUAAUAAAUGGAAUAAGAUUGCUGUGGUGAAGUGACUUACAAGGUUUUGCUGGGGUAUGGUGAAUACUUUUGAAUGUAUUACAGUCUCUGGAUAUUAGUCCCAAGUAAGUUAAAUUUUUAAUCUUAGGGUGGCACAAGCAAGCCAUGUUCAGAAUAAAAAUCUUCAAUGCCCAUAAGUGGCAAAUGCAUAUAAGAACUGAGCUAGACAAUGGAUGCUUUUGUUACGUCAUUAAAUGCAUUCAAUGACAGCUUUUUGCACUAAGUAGAUGUGAUGCUGACCUUGAGUGUACAUUGACUAGAAACAGGACUGAUUCAUACACAUUUGGCUCAGGAGUCACGUGGUAUUGAUCUGAAGCUUAAAUGUGUAAGUGAGAAAGACCUGGAAAACGAUUCCUUUAAAGUUAGUUGAUGGCCUAGAGCCAAUAAUACCAUAGCAUAGUUGGCAUUGGUGUCUUGAUCUAACUGCCAACUGCUCAUGCUGCCUUCUAGAAAGAACUGCUUAAUUUAUGCUUCAGCACUGAUCAAGAAGUCUUUGGUGGCUAGGAUUUCAGGAGUUUCCACUGGAUCAUUAGUGAUGUUUCUGGUGAGGUUGGCCAAGCUAUUGAGUGCCUGUGUUUUUAUGGGCCUUUUUCAAGUUACCUCUUCCAACAGCAGACCCUUGUGUGCUCCUCCCCAUCUUAGAAUGGCCGCUAAAGGAGCCAGAAGGGAAAGCUGACCAUACAUAGAUGCACAAAAGUGCCUUCUGCAUGCAUGUGGGCUCUUGGGGUCCUGGCCAUUGUCUUUCAGUAUUUGAGCAAAAACAAAUAUUCUGCCAGUCACCUGCGGAAUUCACAGGAACUAGGUAUCGUAAUACAUGAAAGUACUUUUUUUUCUUGUAUUCUAAGUGCACUUCUAGUGUUUUAAUAGGAAUUUUAGAACUUCAGAACUGUCUUCUGGCUUUUAAAUAAAAAAGUGAAUAAACUUAGUUGAUAAAAUGUACAGAAAUUUUUUUCCUUGUUGUAGAAGUUCCAAAGUUUGUCAUUUGAACUAGAUUAAUAAACUGAAUAGUAAAUUGCAUUCUC